CGCUCUAAACGCAUCUUGAUUCUUGAUUGUGGCGCGUAAAACUAUUGUUAUUAUAAUUAUUAUUAAAUAAAUAAAUAAAAGGUAACAAAACAUGGAUUAUCCAACAGAAGAAGAAGAAUUUGAGUUAAUGUACGAAGAUGAACUCGAAUUAUUACGCGAACAAGAAGAAGUUGAAGAUGCUCCAAAAGCGAAAAAGGCUUUAAAUUUUAAUGAAUUAAACUCUCAACCUAACAAUAAUCCUCCAAAAGCAUCCCAACCUGAUAAAUCUCAAGAUACCGUUAUAAACACUCAAAAUGUAACUAAUAAAAGAAGUAUUCAGGAGUUAUUUGGUGAUAUAGAUGAUAUUUUAAGUGAAAAUGUCGCUCCUUAUAUCAAGAAAAAGCGUAAAAAUGCUGAGAAUCACGAUGAUUUAGCCCUUAUUGAGCAUAUUGUUCAAUUGAGGAAAGCUAACCGAGAAAGAAUUGUUCCUACAAGUGCUUUAAGUAGUGAAAAUUCAACCCCUAUUAGCUAUAAUCCAGAUAAUAUAUCUCUAAGUGUUCCAAAGUAUUCCUUUAUUGCGUUAAUGAACCAGGAAGGACAAAGAGUUUAUAUUCGUUGCCAUUCGGAGAUGUUUGAGAAAGAAGAACGCGAAAGGAUCGCGCGACAAUCAAAUUUUCGGGGUGUUAUGGGGUCUACUUUUAAUGAUAUUUGGAAAGAAGCUCAAGAAAAUAUUAACAAACAAUUUGAAUCAACAUCUAAUCAAGAAUCAAUAAAUCCCGAAGAAAUGCUUCAAAUAGAAAACAAUAAAGAUCUUUGGGUUGAAAUUUAUAAACCAAAAAAAUAUUACGAGUUAUUAAGCGAUGAAUCAACAAAUAGAACAUUGUUGAAGUGGUUAAAAUUAUGGGAUAAAGCGGUUUUUCAUCGUAAUCCUAAAAUAAAACAACAAUCUGCAGCAAAUUUGAAAAAUAAACCAUUUCAAAAGUUUCAAAAACAAGAAUUAGUUUUAGAAUUGGAGCCGGAUGGGCGACCAAAAUAUAAAGUUGCUUUAUUAUGUGGUCCACCAGGUUUAGGAAAAACAACUUUGGCUCAUAUGGUGGCUAAACAUUGCGGUUAUAACGUAGUGGAGAUAAAUGCUUCAGAUGAUCGCAAUUUGGAUAGUUUUAGAAACGCGUUAGAAAACGCAACAUCAAUGAAAUCAGUUUUAGAUUUGGAUAAACGCCCUAAUUGUUUAGUUUUCGAUGAAAUCGAUGGCGCCCCAACUAACUCUAUAGAUUAUUUAAUUAAGUUUAUAAACGGUAUUGAGACAAAAAAGAAAAAAUCAAAAUCAGGGAUUAAACACGUUUUAAAACGGCCGAUUAUUUGUAUUUGUAACGACGUUUAUGUUCCCUCUUUAAGAAAUUUGCGACAAAUAUCAUUUAUUGUAAAUUUCCCCCCAACUGCAAGUAACCGUUUAGCGGAACGAUUAAAUGAAAUUUCACGACACCAAGGUAUCAAAACGGAUUUAGGCGCACUUUUAGCUUUGGCUGAAAAAACUGAAAACGAUAUUCGCGCUUGUUUAUCGAUUUUACACUUUUUUAAAGUACAAAAUAAGCCGGUAACGUUAAGCGACGUUUGGAAAAUGAAUAUAGGGCAAAAAGAUAUGCAAAAAGGUUUAUUCGCCGUCUGGCAAGAUAUAUUUCAAAUUGAGCGUGCAAAAACAGCAAAAAAUCGUUCGAAAAAAAUUUUAAACACCGUCCAAUCGUUCGGCGAUUACGAAAGAUUAACUCAAGGAAUUUUCGAAAAUUUCCCAACGUUACAAAUAAAGGAUUCUUCGCUUUUAAGCACCGUCGAAGCGGAAGAAUGGUUUUGUUUCAACGACAUUUUAAAUAGAAGAAUCCAAUCUCAGCAAGAUUACAGUUUAAGCGUUUACCUUCCCUUUGGUUUUGUGACGUGGCACUUGGCGUUCGCGGGGUUUGUUCGACCAAAGAUAAGCUACCCCAACGCUUGGUUCGAGAUGCGAACGAAGGCGCAAAAACGGGAAGGGUUGAUUAAGGAAGUUUUAAAAGGAAUGAAACCGUCCGUGAAGAUAUUCGUUCAAUCUAACGUUUUAAAUUUGGAAAUUUUACCUUAUUUAAGUCAAAUAAUCGUUCCGCCGUUAAGACCGGUUAAUUUACAUUUUUGUACUGAACAAGAAAAGGAAGUUUUAAAAAACGUCGUUAACAUCAUGAUCGAUUACAAUUUAAAUUACGUCCAAGAAAGAACGUUCGAAGGAAAUUACGUUUACAACGUUGAUCCGAAUAUAGAAGAGGUCACCGUGUUUAGUUUGAGCAUGCGUUCGAGAAUUUUAUCUUAUUCCAAUAAACAGAUGAUUGGACAGGAAAUCGAUGUUGAAAAAAUGAGGAGGAUCGAAGGGGCUAAAUUUAAAGAAGAUAAAAAGGAAAAGAAAAAAAGCGAGGUUCCCAAUCAUUUGCAGAAGUUGCAAGUUAAAAAUGUGAAACCAAAAGGACCGAUGGUAACGAAAGAUUUUUUUGGCCGAAUCAUCAUAAAAGAUGUACCUCAAGGCGACGCCGCGACUACUCGCAACGAUGUUUGGUUCCAAUUUAAGGAGGGCCACACCAACGCUGUGAGGAAACCGGUUAAAAUAAAACACUUUUUCUGAUACAAACGAUUAUUUAAAUUCAGAUUUAUAUUAAACUUGCUUUUACUUAAGGAGUACUUAAAGAGUAUAUAUUACCAAAAGGGGUUGGUUUUGACCAGAUGGUGUUCGUUCUGGAAAUACGUCGGCUUCUUCCAAGUUAGUGUUUAGGUUUCAGGUGGUUUACUCGCGAAAUGUGAAAGUUAAGACCCACCCUAUCCCUUAGUUGUUUUGAUAUUCAGUAAAGUUUAAGUGCAAUUGUAGGUAUUGCCAAGCAGUUUGUUCGCA